UAUUAUCCUCAUAUUAGUGUUGUUGUCGCACCAAAGAAGACCGGAUUAUGCGGCUCGGAUAUGCAUAUUUUCCUCGAGGGGCGGGCUGGUGAAUCGGUGUUUGACAAGCCCUUGAUUCUUGGCCACGAAGCCGCAGGCGUCGUCGCAAAGGUUGGCUCGCAGGUGACGAACCUGAAAAUUGGUGACCGAGUUGCCAUGGAGCCCGGUAUUUGUUGCAUGCGGUGCGAGUUCUGCAAAAGUGGCUCAUACGGUCAAUGCGGAGAUUUCAAGUUUGCGGCAGCCGACGGAUUUGACGGUACCCUACAGGGUUUUUUCUCUAUUCCAGCUGACUUUUGCUACAAACUUCCAGAAAAUGUUAGCAUGGAGGAGGGUGCUCUAGUUGAGCCUCUGGCUGUCGCUGUGAUGGCGGUUGAAAGCGUUGCUAAGAUGCCGCAUAACGCUAAUGUCGCUGUCUUUGGAGCUGGUCCCGUUGGUCUUUUGACAAUGGCGGUUGCUAAAGCACUUGGUGCUCGUCGUAUCCUUGCAAUUGAUGUGCAACCCCAUCGCCUAGACUUUGCUAAGGACUAUGCGGCUACUGAUAUUCAUGUUGCUCUUCCAAAGGAGGCUGGAGAGGACAACAUGACAUACGCGAAACGCCACGGAAAAGCAAUCAUGGAAAAGUUUGGAUUUGGAGAACGCGGGGAAGGUAUUGACCUCGUUGUUGAAUGCUCCGGCGCCGAGGUGUGUGUCCAGACUGGCAUAUGGCUUGUAAAGCGCCGUGGAACAUGCGUGCAAGUCGGCGCUGGUCCAGCCAAUAAUCUGAUUCCCAUGUCUAUCUUUGUCAACAAGGAAGUUAGGUUGAUCGGGAGUCUGCGUUAUGGCCCAGGAUGCUAUACACUUGCAGUCGAUCUGGUCCGGCAAGGUCGAAUUAACCUGAAACCUCUCUUAACUCAUCGAUUCCCUUUCGCGGAAGCAAGUAAGGCAUUCGAGACCACUAGCAAGGGCCGUGGGCCUGAUGGAAAAAUGGCUAUAAAAACAAUUAUCGAUGGCCCCAUCGUCUAA